AUAUUCUACAAUCUACCUUGGAGAAGAGAUGAAGCAUGGAAAGAAGCAUCGGGCUGAGGUAGCAAAAAGCUUGCCAGGAUGGAAACGUAAGUUUAUGUCUUACAAGGCGUUGAAGCAGCAAGUGAAACUGGUGAAUCCCCAUUUUAAUGGAAAGAAAAGGUCAAGAUUAGACAAUGGAAAAUAUUCAGUGGGUGGAAGCAGUGAGCGGAAUUCACCAGUACAGGACACGGGUUUCACCCUGUUAUUAGACAGGGAACUCCACAAGGUUAACACGUUUUACAUUGACAAAGAGGAAGAUUAUGUCAUCAGCUUUAGGGAGCUGCAAAUCAGGGCUGAAAACUUGAACGGUGAUGAAGAAAAGCUGGAAUUGCAGAAGGACAUUGUGGAUUUUCAUGCAGAGAUGGUGAUGCUACUGCAUUUCAGUGUCACUAACGUUACAGGCUUGAUCAAGAUUGUGAAGAAGCACAAGAAGAAGGCAGGUGCUUCUGUUUACUCACCCUACACGACAAGGGUUCUGCAGCAGCCAUUCUUCUCCACUGAUUUGCUUUACAAUCUUAUCAGGGGAUGUGAAGCAAUACUUGACAGCCUCUCUCCCCCAAGUGACCCUUAAAGGCCAAUCUGAUCGAGCCAUUGAAGCCAAUCAUCAAAGGAAGACCAGUCAAUAUAUAGUUGUCUUUUCUUUUUCACUUUUGUUUUGGAUUUGGAAAAGCUCCUCUUUCCUUAUUUGGUAUAGUUUUUUGGUGCAUAUGCCAUAGCUUACACAUACAAUUACACACACUUUUUCCCUAAAGAGAGGAGAGGUAUGGUGCUCCAUUGCCCUGUUAAUCUUCCAAGUUGAUCAUUGAACUGUAUGUUCUUAUGAAGUAUCAAAUCUUCUCCCCAA